CCUGGGUCCUGCUGCAGGGGAGCCCGGAAGGCCGCCGGCUCUGCCGCCGGCCUGGGGUGAGCUUGCAGCCCGGAGCUCGGGAGGCCUGAGGCGGGAGUGGGGGGAGAAGCCGAGGGGGCUGCCGUCUCCGUCCUGCCAGGGUGGGCUUCGUGGAGCCGCCUCAGCAGCAGCGUGGGAGGGGGUUCCUCCUGCCUUGGAGCUUCCUGGUGGUCUCCUCUCCCAGAACUAAGCAGCCUGACAGCUUACCAUGAACCUGCUGUCUGGCCGCUGAACCCAGCGUUCCCCGUUGCCAUGACAACAGGUGAUUGCUGCCACCUCCCUGGCUCGCUGUGUGACUGCCCUGGCAGUGCCACAUUGUCCAAGUCAGUGGAAGAUUCCGAUCUCGGGCGCCCACAGUAUGUCACCCAAGUCACCGCCAAGGACGGGCGUCUGCUCUCUACAGUGAUCAAAGCCCUGGGCACCCAGAGUGACGGUCCAAUCUGUCGAAUCUGCCACGAAGGUGGCAACGGGGAGGGCUUGCUUUCACCCUGCGACUGCACAGGCACGUUGGGGACCGUCCACAAAAGCUGCCUGGAAAAGUGGCUGUCCUCCUCCAACACCAGCUACUGCGAACUUUGCCACACCGAGUUUGUCGUGGAAAGGCGGCCCAGGCCUCUGACAGAGUGGCUCAGGCACCCUGGACCGCGCAACGAGAAGCGGACGCUGUUCUGUGACAUGGCGUGCUUCCUCUUCAUCACCCCCCUGGCGGCCAUCUCAGGUUGGCUGUGCCUCCGGGGCGCCCAGGAUCAUAUGCAGUUCAACAGCCACCUGGAGGCCAUCGGCCUCAUUGCCCUGACCAUCGCCCUUUUCACCAUCUACGUCCUCUGGACGCUGGUGUCGUUCCGCUACCACUGCCAGCUCUAUUCCGAGUGGCGAAGGACCAAUCAGAAAGUCCGGCUGAUGAUUCCUGAUGCGAGGAACCCGUCCCCUGUCCCGCACUCCCUGCUCUCCGCCAAGCUGUUGAAGAAGAAGGCCGAUGAGACUACCGUAUGAGCCAGGAUAGCACUUUUCCCAAGUAGCAGAAGCGAGGAGGAGGAGGAAGAGGAGGACUGGUCAGAACCAUCAGCCCAGCCGGAAGGGAGCUCGCCAUCUGUUCAGUCAAGCCCCAGAAAGACAACCGAUUCCCGGGUGUGUGCAAUGACCUUGGGACGCGGCGUGCCGAGGGUGUCUGUCGGCCAUGCUCCGUCCUCAAGGCACAGUGGGGAGAAUAAUACCUCUCCCUUGAUCCAUGUAACUAUCUUAUAUUAUAGUAUCCUAAUUAUUGUUGUAAUUAUAAUUUUAUGACUGUUCUUAGUUUCAGCUGUUGUAUUCAGGGCCCUUAUCUCCUCCUGGACAUCACUGUGAAAGGUGCGGGGGAAAGUGGCUGGUUGGAGCUCGCUUCAAGUGGCUUCCUGCCAGCUCUGCUUCAGAGACCUGUUGCUGCGAGGAGGGCAGCCUUUGCCCCGGGCAUGGGAAAGCCUGCGAGUUUCCUCCGGUGGAGAAAGUAGUGGCAGUCGGAGGGGCGGGAGUCCCGUCCCUCCUCCAUCCCAAGGGUCCAGCCUGGGAAAAGAAGGAGGCCUUGCUCAGAGACUUCUCAAAUUGAUGAGCGUGCAAAAAGCCACAUGCAAAUCUGCCUGUCAUGUUGUCAUACUUUGGGAGUGAAUUGUUGCUCUUGAAGAAGAGUGAUGUUGGUUCCCCUUUCACCUCUCCUACUGCUGGCUCUCUCAGCUCCUUUCAUACUUUUGCACUAUAUAGGUGGGGGGGGUCUUUUCCCCCUUGUUUCCCAGUGAUGUUGCUCUCCCUGUCUAGAGGGCCCUGUGCUUUUGAGAAUGGAUUAAAAUAUAAAUAUCCCAGGAGGAGUAAAAACAAAAACAAAAAAAAUGAACUGCCAGUGAACUGGAGGGUGUGUUUUUUAAUAAACGCUGUAACCAUCCGGCUUACAGAAAUAACAGCAA